UACAUAGAUUUAUUUUAUCGCCUAUUUAUGUGUUUUCUUUUUUGUAAUUUAUAUUCUUUAUACAUUCAUGUAUAUAUGUUGUUUUGUUACCUGUGCGUAAUCUUUUCCUAAUGUUUUGUAGGCAAAAUUGUCAAUUACAAAGAAAAUUGGCGUGUUGGUUGCAACCGUCCCCAGUCUCCCCUAUGCUACCUUUAAAAGUCUCCAAAAGUAUGGAUACUUAAAGGCAGAGAGAGUUUACGGUUUAAUUUGGUAGAGUGAUGGGCUAUUUUUUGUCUGCGGAGACACUGUGUCAAUAGUAUUGGGUCGUCUUUUUCAUUAGGAGGUACAUUUUUUGGAUAAAUCAUGAUUUGGGACAAGAAAGAUGAAAAACCUGGGGUCACAACAGCCCAUCAGCAACUGUCUCCAUAAACAAAAUCACCGGGACUGACCGUGAGGAAACACAUCUCUCAAGUGAAGUGAACUCUGGAUGGGGGAAAAGCUCUUGAGUGUUCCAGGAGGGGCCCAGCUCCGCAGAGACACUUUGAGUAGACCAGUGCGGACCCUCAGGGUUAAGAUGGUACUUCUGGGAAGCUCUGGUGUGGGAAAGUCCAGCCUGGCAAUGCGAUUUGGCAAAGAUGAGUUCAGGAGUACAUCACCUACUGUGGGCUGUGCCUACCUGACCCAGGUGGUGCAUCUGAGUGAUGUCACUCUUCGCUUUGAGAUAUGGGACACCGCAGGGCAGGAAAAAUACCACAGUGUCACCCCACUUUACUACAGAGGAGCCCAAGCUGCACUCUUGGUCUAUGAUAUCAGCAAAAGGGAGACAUUCAUCAGAGCUCAAGUGUGGCUUAAAGAGCUUGAGAAACAGUACACCCCAGGAUCUACUGUCAUAUGGCUUGUAGGCAACAAGGGAGACCUGGAACAGGAUCGACAAAUCUCAGUGCAGGAAGGACAGAGUCUGGCUGAUGACAGGGGCUUAUUCUUUACAGAGACAUCAGCUCUGACAGGGGAUCAAAUCAGCCAGCUGCUGAAAGCUGUAGCCCACAGAGUGUAUGAGUGUAUUGGAGAGCAGCAGGGAGGUUUGUCAGAGUGGCAGGAGACACCACAUGUGGAUCUGCAUUGCAAAGACACAUUCAAUCCUUUUGCAUCCUGCUGUAAAGUUGGACCCUAAACUUCAUCUCUGCCAUAUUACUGUCUGUUCUGUCUCUCUGUCUGUCUUCACCAUUUUAAAGCUGCACUAGGUAACAUGUGGGUAUAAGUACAUCAAAACAUCAAUAAAAGGCUUGUAGUGUAA